AUGGCGAAACCUGGCCCUUCCAAAGAAAAGAACCCCUUUAAAUCCAGCAGCGAUAGUGAAGCGUCUGAUUCUCAGAGCGAACACAGCCCAAGACCGAGCACCAACAAGUCUCCUUCCGUUGCCCCAGCUUCCAAGGAACAACCACAACAGGAGACGAAAGCCGAAAAAGAGAACAAGGACAAGCGGCACGUUGGGAAAUACUGGAAAUACUACGGUCUCGGCGUUGUUCUGGGGCUAGCUAUCCUUCUGCCCCUCUUCUUCAAAGUUUUCAUACCCCUCAUCAUUGCCCGGUUCAUCAACUCGCGGAACAUUCUCGUCCAACACGCUUCCGUAUUCAUCAGAAGCUCCAACGAAAUCGACUUUGCCGCCAAUGCCUCGAUCGCGUCGCCAAUGGCUGCCCGGGUCGGUGACCUCAAGUUCACCCUCCACGACACCGCCCAGGAUCAGCCGCCCACCGUGCUCACCGCGGGCAUCCAAGGGUUCGCGAUCCAAAAAGCUACCCAAAUCGACAUUCGACGAGGCGUGUUGCACGUAAACGACUCGGACGCGCUCGUCAGCUGGGCCGAUCGUUUCAUCGACUGCGAGUCAAUACCUUUUGACGUGCGUGUCAAGGGCCUCGACGUCUUCCUCGGGAUUCUCCGCUAUACCUUUAACCUCGCGCGGCCGAUCACAAUCAAUGGCCUUCGCGGGCUCCGUGAUAUUACACUGAACGAGGUCAACCUUGUUCUGCCGCCGGUCGCGAACAAGAAUGUCCAGGCAAACAUCAGCUUUUCCAACCCCAGCUCUCUGAGCGUGAAGGUCGGCAACGUGACGGUUGACCUGAUAGUCAACGAUCUCAAGAUCGGCGAAGCGUUGGCGUACAAUGUCAGUCUGGUGCCUGGGGUCACCAAUGUGUAUAUUGACGGUCUGGUGGAUAUACCAAAAAUUGUCAACAACCUCGCCGGCAUCAUCCGUGGCCAGGCGCCAAACUUACAGGCUGGCUACGUCACGCUCAAGCUUCAAGUCACCAGCUUCACAAUGUACGGCGAGAAGAUAGACUUCUUAGGAGCGCUCCUUCGCAAAAGGGUGCUGAGUGCCAAAAUCCCGCUGGUCGCCCUGAUCAAUGGGGCUGGAACAAGCAUCCUCAAAAGUGGCUUGGUGGGAAUCGGAAUGGCUAAUGGAGGAGCGGCCGUGGGCGGGAUUACUUUACUUGAUGCGAUAGGGGAUGUCUUUUCGAACCAGACUCUGCUCAAUCGCAUUCAAGGGCAUUGGGCACGAAAGCAGUCCCGCGACCAGUACAAAUAUUCUCUGGCUUAA